UCCAAUUUGCAAGCAUUUAAAGAAGCAGCUGAAGACUGCCUUUUGCUGAAGUAUUAAAGAUCUUGGAUCUUAAAAAAAAACAAAAAACCGCACACUUUGGCAACUCUGUAAUACGAAACGGGGAAACAUGAUAUACCCUAAUGGAGCAUGCACUCUCAUGUGGCUUCUUGUGCUGUACAUGUUUGUCAAGAAGGUGGUCCCUCAAGAUGACACCAUCGUUGCUACUAAGAGUGGAAGAGUCAAAGGGUUGACUUUGCCUGUGCUUGGUGGAACAGUUUCAGCGUUCCUCGGGAUUCCUUAUGGAGCUCCACCUGUUGGGCGACUUCGAUUUAAAAAGCCACAGCCUCGGGAAGAAUGGGGAGGGGUCUGGAAUGCCACCAAGUAUGCAAACUCUUGCUAUCAGAACAUAGACAAUACUUUCCCUGGAUUUUCAGGAUCCGAGAUGUGGAACCCAAACACAAACCUCAGUGAAGAUUGCCUCUACCUCAAUGUGUGGGUUCCUUCACCCAAGCCUAAGAAUGCAACUGUCAUGGUAUGGAUCUAUGGUGGCGGCUUCCAGACCGGGACCGCCUCAUUGAAUGUCUAUGAUGGCAGAUUUCUAGCCCGUGUUGAGAGAGUCAUCGUUGUUUCAAUGAAUUAUAGGUUAGGAGCAUUGGGAUUCUUGGCUUUGCCGGGGAAUGAAGAUGCUCCGGGAAAUGCAGGGUUGUUUGAUCAACGGCUGGCACUUCAGUGGGUCCAAGACAACAUAGCAGCUUUUGGUGGCAAUCAUAAAAGUGUGACAUUGUUUGGAGAGAGUGCUGGAGCAGGAGGUGUCAGCUACCAUCUCCUUUCUCCACAAAGCCAUCCUCUCUUCACUAGGGCAAUCAUGCAGAGUGGUGCUGGAAAUGCCCCUUGGGGCGCACUUCUACCAUCUGAAGCAAAACGGAGAACUAUAGCUCUAGCUAAACUCCUCCACUGUACGAGUAGCAAUGAAACAGAGAUAAUAAUUUGUCUUCAGAGCAAAGAUCCCCUGGAUAUACUUGCCAAUGAAGUGUCUGUUUUAUCAUACAGGGCUCUUUUAGAGCUGUACUUCACUCCAGUAGUAGAUGGCGAUUUUCUUGCUGAUCUUCCUGGAACCUUGUUGAAGAAUGGGAAUUUUAAACAAACACAGAUCUUGUUGGGGGUGAACAAAGAUGAAGGUACAGCUUUCCUUGUGUACGGAGCACCUGGCUUCAGCAAAGAUAACAAUAGCCUUAUCAAUGAAACAGAAUUCCGGGCAGGCUUGGCACUAUCCUUCCCAGAAACAAGUGAAGUGGGAUUGGAAUCGAUUGCUUUUCACUAUACGGACUGGAAGGAAGAGCAGAACCCUUUCAAUUACCGUGAUGCUAUGGAUGAUAUCGUUGGAGAUUACAAUUUCAUAUGUCCUACCGUGGAGUUUGUAAAACAUUUUGUCGAGGCACAGAACAACGCUUUCUUAUACUUCUUUGAGCACCGAUCUUCAAAACUACCCUGGCCAGAGUGGAUGGGAGUACCACAUGGCUAUGAAAUAGAAUUUGUAUUUGGACUACCUCUAGAGAGAAGAGUUAAUUACACCAAAGCGGAGGAAACUCUGAGUAGGUCUAUUCUGAAGUACUGGGCAAGUUUUGCAAAAACUGGAACACCCAAUGGGACUCAGAUUAAUGGGACAAGAUGGCCAGUCUUCACCACCGCUGAACAAAAAUACUUAACAUUAAGCACAGGCGCUUCAAAGAUUCGUACAAAAUUACGUGCCCAGCAGUGCCGAUUCUGGAAUAUAUUUUUUCCCAAACUCCUGGAGAUGACAGGCAAUAUUGAUGAAGCAGAACGAGAGUGGAAAGCAGGAUUCCUUCGCUGGAACAAUUACAUGAUGGACUGGAAAAAUCAAUUUAAUGAUUACACUAGUAAGAAGGAAAGCUGUGCAGGUCCCUAAUUAAAAGUUCCAGCCUUUCUGGAAUGCCUUCAUUGUCAAAGAUCAAGGCAAACACAGAGAUAGCUAAUGUAGCAUAUCCAGCAAUAAGGCAUGUUAUGCAGGCUCAGUGACACGUCACAAAUAUACUUGUCUCCCAGGUCCAUUUCUAUUUAUAUCAAUAAAUGUUAUAAAGUGCUUCCCCCCUUUGAAGCUUUGAGAAAUGAAAAUCAGGCCAAGUG